AUGACUAAAGAACCGCCUGUUUUUAUCUGCAAUGCAACAAUAAGAUAUUAUAUACAGCGUGUCCAACGUCUUCCAACUGCCUAUCGUUCAGCUUUAAUUAGCUAUACACAUUCUUUUGAUAAUUACAAGCUCGCAAGUAUGAACAAUCAGUUACAUAUUACUAAUGCGUUACACAGUAUUGCACGCGUGUACGAUAACCUUGACGACAAUGUUCGUACACUGAAAUAUUUUCCUGAAAUGCUUGAGAUUGCGACGCAUUUUACACUUUCCCAUCAUCAAGAUCUGAUGGUUGUUCACGUAAGAGCUUUACUUGCUCUAUUACAUAUGGGUAAAUAUAUUGAUCUCCUACGUACAUCAGAUAUAACACUGGAUAUCGCUAAAUAA